CUUUUUUUUUGUACUGACAUUCAACAGCAAUUAAACUAUUAAACUAUUGCUGUGAAUGCCCUUAAAUUGCAGCUGGACAUAAAAAGCUUUAUAAGUGGUUAAUUUAUUAAACUGUGCCAUGAUUCCUUUCUGACAAUGCAGAACUUGUCUUUGCAAUUUGCAUUAUUCUUUUAUUCUACAAUUACUUCAUGAAUGUACAAUAUAAAGUAAACUUCAGACAUUAUCAAUUGCAGUGUUUCAGUACUAUCCUCAGGGUCCCUUUACCUGCUUGACCGAAAGAAGCUUUCAUGGAGGCAGAGAAUUGUGGAAAUGCAAAAAUGGAAGCUAAGAAGGGUAGGCGUUUGGUGUUUUUCCAGUACCUUUACAGGGCCAUAUAAACCCCAUGAUUCAGUUAGCCAACCUUCUUCACGCCAAAGGCUAUAGUAUUACAAUUAUUCACACCCAAUGUAAGUCUCUUGACCCAUCAAAACACCCUCACUUCACCUUUCACUUCAUCCCUGAUGGCUUGCUGGAACGUGAAGCUUCCACAUCGGACGUUGUAGAUCUUCUCACGAAGCUCAACAUCAAUUGCAUCCAACCCUUUCGUGAAUGCUUGGCCAAUGUGUUGGCAGAUUGUAAAGGGGAGCCUGUUGCAUGUUUAAUCAUUGAUUUUAUUUGGUAUUUCACUCCGGAAAUAGCUGACAGUUUCAAUCUUCCAAGAAUUGUAUUCAGGACUACCAGUAUUUGUUCACUUUUGGUUUCUCACUGGAUCCCGCGUCUUCGGGAACUGGGUUAUUAUAGUCUGCUAGAACAAGAUUCUCAGUUAGAAAUUUGAAGUGCCAGAUUCCACCCCUCAAAGUAAAAGACAUUCCGGCAAUGAAGUCUCGAGAUCCAGAAAAUGUAUUCAGGCUGGUAAACUGCAUGAUGGAAAGUACUAAAGCAUCAUCAGGGCUGAUCUUUAACUCCUUCAGAGAGCUCGAAGAGCAGCAACUGACUAAGAUCAAACGAGAAUGUCAUGUUCCAGCAUUUGUAAUAGGUCCACUUCACAAGUACAUUCCUGCCUCAUCGAGUAGUUUACUGGAACAAGAUCGAAGUGCGAUUUACUGGCUAGAAUAACAAGCUCCGAAGUCAGUUCUUUAUGUAAGCUUUGGGAGUACUGCAGAAAUGGAUGAAAACCAAUUAGCAGAAGUCGCAUGGGGCAUAGCCGAUAGUAUGCGGUCUUUCUUAUGGGUAGUUAGGCCUGGAUUGGUGCCAAAUUCAGUAGGGCGGCUCGAAAAUUUGCCAAAUGGAUUCUUGGAGGCCGUUAAUGGAAGGGGAUAUAUAGUGAAUUGGGCUCCUCAACGAGAAGUAUUAGCUCGUCCAGCUAUAGGAGCUUUCUGGACACAUUCGGGUUGGAAUUCAACAUUGGAAAGUAUAUGUGAAGGGGUUCCAAUGAUCUGUUCCCCUUUGUUUGGUGAUCAGCUGAUAAACUCCCGGUUUGUUAAUGAUGUUUGGAAAUUUGGCCUGCGUUUGGAGAAUGGGGUGGAAAAGGGAGACGUAGAAAGGGUAAUAAGAAGAAUCAUGGCUGAUAAGGAAGGAGAAGAAAUAAGAGAGAGGGCAUUAUCUUACAAGGAGAAGAUCAACUAUUGUGUAGCAGAAGGUGGCUCUUCUCAGCAGUCAUUACAGAGCUUCGUUGAUUACAUCUUAUCAUUUUGAUCUAGAAAUGGUCCGUCGCUUAGUCUGUAAUCCAUUCCUGCUUUUUCAUGUGUAUAAAGGAGUUAGAUUUCAUUCGUCAGUUCAUAGAUAAUGAUGUAAAAAUCACUUUUUGAUCUGUUUCUUUGCUUCAUGCAUGUUUUGAAUUGGUCCCGAUGAGAUGUUAUUGUAAAGUCAUGGAAGCCUUUUAUCAUUAAUAUUCAGCACAAAUCUAGAAUGAGGCAAGUUGGGUAGAAAUAGCGUGCUGACUUGUAUAUAAUCAAACUAUCAACGCAUCAUUUUGACAC